AUGGAGGCGUAUCCGCCAGAUCGAUUCAGCACGACCCAGUCCAUCGUGCGGACUGGUGAGCCCAAGUCAGGUCAAACCAUUGUCAUACUGCGAUUCGGAGGUCAGCUACUUAAGCCCCUGUUUGAUCUUUCUGUUGGCCUGUUACGCAUCGGAAAGCAAUGGGAAGUGCAGUAUAAGAAGCACCCGUACAUCGACACUCAGCUCAAAGAAGUAUAUCUAAAGAACCCGCAACUUGGGGUUGAGUCUGGAACAGAAGUAUGCGACAAAUCUGGAGACGCAGGGCUUCUGACCAUCCAUACGACGGAACAAAACCAACGUGGCAGACGGUUCGUACAAUUGGAGGUCUUCUUUACGCAGCAGCCAAAUCCCGCCACUUUGACAAAUGGGACCGGGUACGCGAUCGUGAACGCGGAAGCUGCCAUUACAAAAGCGAGCUUUGUGACAGAUAUUGCCGAACUGGUCGCAUCAGCAACACGCAAAUGCUGCUAUCAGGAUACCCUAUGCCGAAUAAUUUCCAAUCCUUCACAGUCCCCAGACGGAGUCAGAACAAGACCAGCGGAACGAGGUCGGGAUUUUGCAGCAAAUUUGACCUUGGAUGUCAUCAACCAUGACAAACCAUACGCAGAUAUGGUUCGCGCUAUACAUGAGAAGGAUCUAUCCAAGAUCAAAUCCUUGGCCGCUGAGAAUAAAGCUCUGAUUGAGUGUCAGGCGGAAGAAUUCGACGACUUUCGACCUAUUCACUGGGCCGCUGCUCAGUGGACUUCUCAAGAUAAAUUCCGGAUCAUCAAAAAGCUGAUCAACCUGAAGGCAGACGUCAGAAGUCGGACCAGAGGCGGAUGGAUGGCUAUACAUCUAGCCAUCUUGACCGAGAACUUUCCAGUUGUGCUCUAUCUUUUGGAAAAGUCUAGACGGUCGCGUGGCGAGUGGGACUUAACAACUGUAACAGGGGAAACCCUCUCGCACUUGCUUGCCGCGUAUGCACAAGACCUGUCGUGGGGCGAUAAACAUUGGAUGUCGAAUACCUCCAAGGGCAAGGUCAUAGACGCCUUGGUCAUCAAGCGCAUGGCAGAAACUCGGGUGAAUUCCCGUGGUGAGCUGCCUAUCCACAGGGCUGUUGCCAAUGGGAAAACUGCUGCGUUAGAAAUUGGCAAGCUACUGGAGACUGCUGAUAUCAAUGCCGCAGACAAUGCUGGUCGCACCGUGCUAUUUCAUGCGGCUUGUGGUGGAAGCAGGCAGAUCAUUGAGAGGAUAACCAAUAUGGGAGCUUCACUUGAGACGGCCGACUCUCACGGUCGGACUCCGGCGCAUGCUGCUGUCAUGGCUGGCCAGCCUGACGCUCUCGGUAUACUGCUAGACUUGAACGCCGACCCAGACGCGACGACUACUGCUAUCGGACUAACUCCUCUUCAUUUCGCAUGUCUUUAUGGAUUCUCGGACUGUGUUGCAAAGCUACUAAAUGGUCCGAAACCUGCCGCGUUGAAUUCUUGGUCAACGGAUGGUGCAUAUUUCCAGCCUAUACACCUCGCCGUCGCAAAUCAACAUGCAAGUUGUAUCGAAGAGCUUUUCAAGGCUAGCUGUAGCAUCGACGGCAGUUGUAACAGCUAUUUGAAACUAAAGGAAGCACAGAACGAAUGUUUAGAGGAGGCCGAAGUGGUAUUUCUCCCCAAGCUUAUGGCACCGCUCGAGCUUGCCAUGUUUUUGGGAAACAAUGAAAUAGCUUCCUUGUUGUCGGCAUUAUCCAAAGAUACCGUACACGUGCGGCCGUUUUAUUAG